GAACGUGUUCGAACGUGGUUUCAAACUUCGCGCUCGCGCCUUUUCUAACUGUUGUGCAAUUCGCCCCCCUUUUCCUGAUCCCUUCCCUGGCGCGAUCGUGUGCGUACGCGUUGUUCGUGUGUUGAUUCGUUACCGGCGUAAAGGUGCUUUGCAACGUCCACCCUUUCGAGGUGCUUGUGGUUCAGAGAGAGAGAGAGAGAGAGAGAAUUAAUCCGUCCCAACGAUCGACGAGUGGCCAGCCUCCGAUCGUGAACCAGAGCAACAUUAAAAAAAGUGAAAUUACGCCCAACACACACCAUGGCGGUCAAAUUCGUGUCAGCGUUGCUGCUUUCGUCGCUCGUUCUGCUGUUGGUUGAUUUCGAAUCAGCCGAUGCGCUGCGAUGCUGGCGGUGCUCGUCGGAUGCCUCGACGGCUGCGUUCUGCGACGAUCCAUUCACCCAGGACAUUAUAACAGACCAACAGCGCCGGUGGAGCUACGUCGACUGCAGCUACCCGCCGCAGACGAAUCCUUUCAACCAGCAAAACCAACCGACACGAGCGGUCUGCAAAAAGAUGCGGCAAAUCAUCAACGAUCGUGUCGUGGUGUCCCGUUCGUGCGCUUUUGAGGACGUCAACGCACCGCCGAACUCGUGCCUGAACGCCCAGACCCCAUCGUACAUCCGGACAGAGUUCUGCGAGACCUGCACCACCGACGGUUGCAACGGAGCGGCUGAAUACGGCCCGGCCGCCGUGGUCGUUCUCGUCAGUGCCUUGGUAGCGAAGCUGCUGGCCUGGUAAUCACACGGUGGAAUGUUAUCGUUAAAUAUGCACCACUCUCCAGCAACACCUCUACAGAAUCUCAUACCGCACCGGUUCUCUCACCAGAUCAUGCUUUGCGACGCUGUAAGCGUUCGAUAAGAGGAACAGAAGUAUUUUGGGUAAAGAUAAAUUAAAACACGAAAGUUGUAACAUUUGCAAAACAGAACAUCACAAGCGUAAGCAUUAGGUUGGCAGUGUUCGGUGACAAUUGGCUUAGGAUUUACGACACUACAUACACUAGGAUAAGCGUAACUGGAUAAGCCGUCAAAUCGAUAACGAAUAAUGUACAAAUUACAAAUUACCAUACCGAUUAAUAGUGAAACGCUGCGGAAACGCAUCAGAAAACGGUAAACAUACAGUUCAAAACCACAUAGUCUCAAACCCAGACGUUCAACAUUAUUGGUACCGGUGGCGAAGAUCGAUCGCCGACCUUCAAAAGCUAACAGCGUUAUGUUGUUUUUACACUCAACGGUAUUAUGAGCCCUUUUUAGAAACAGAAGUUCACAGCUUUGUGCUUAGAGAAAAUGAUAAGUUGUUAAAGUGUUUGUUCUCCCCUUGCCCAGGUGGUCCAUAUUCCAUGUUACCGUUCUGUUGAAGGUAUGAUAUACAGUUUGAUAAAAGUUCUCAUUUUCACUGAGAAGUACACGUUGAACGUUUCAGUCCAGCGAUCGGACAUAUUAAUGAAAUAGAAGAUGCUUGCGUGUUUGUUCUGGACGAUUUGAUAUCUCGAAUGUACAUAACUUAAAAUAAAUGGUAAUAAAGAUCCACCGA